AUGUUAUCUUCUAUGAUCCCCACUACCAUUCUCGCCCUUUGCGCAACUGUUACACUCGCUGUUCAACCGAUAGAAAUUCAAGGUUCCGACUUUGUAAACUCUGCUACCGGUAAUAAAUUUCAACUUUUGGGUGUCGCAUAUCAACCAGGUGGAUCUUCAGGAUACAAUCCUGGAAGUGGUGUUGAUCCUCUCAGUGAUGGUGCCGUUUGUUUGAGAGAUGCGGCUUUGAUGCAACAAUUGGGUGUUAAUGCUAUUCGUGUGUACAAUGUGGAUGGAACUCUUAAUCAUGAUGAAUGUGCAAGUAUCUUCAACGAGGUUGGAAUUUAUAUGUUGAUUGAUGUUAACUCCCCUCUUGUUGGCGAGAGCAUCGAUCGAAGCGCCCCAUGGACUAGUUAUGAUGUCGGUUAUUUGACCAGAAUCUUUGCUGUUGUUGAAGCUUUCAAGGAUUACCCAAACACUUUACUUUUCUUUGCAGGAAAUGAAGUUAUUAACGAUGAUGAUACCGGAAAAACUGUUCCUCCAUAUAUGAGAGCUGUAACUCGCGAUCUCAAAAAUUAUAUCGCCAAACACUCUUCUCGCUCCAUUCCAGUGGGUUACAGUGCUGCAGAUGUUCGUGAUAUUCUCCUUGAUACAUGGAACUACCUUCAAUGUACCACUACCGACGACGAUACCGAUCCAUCAAGAGUCGAUCUCUUUGCUCUCAACAGUUACUCAUGGUGUGGAGACUCUUCAUAUACCACUUCCGGUUAUGAUGUUCUUGUUUCCGAUUUCGGCAAUUCUAGUGUUCCAGUUUUCUUCUCCGAAUAUGGUUGCAACGUUCCAGCUCCUCGUGUUUUCACAGAAGUUCCAGUUCUUUACGGUCCAUUGAUGACUCCAGUUCUUUCUGGAGGUAUGGUUUAUGAAUUCUCACAAGAAACCUCAAAUUAUGGAUUGGUCACUAUCAAUGAUGAUGGAUCGGCUCAACUUCUUUCCGACUACAACACUCUUCAAAAACAAUUCAACACCCUUAACAUCACUAGCAUUGAAGGAGUCAAGGCACAAAACACCACUACAGUCGCGCCAAAAUGUGAUUCAUCUCUCCUCACCAGUACAACCUUCAACAGAAAUUGGACCCUUCCAGCUGUUCCACCAGGAGCUCAAGAUGUCAUUGAUAAUGGUAUUAAGAACGCUAACAACGGAAAGAUUAUUUCUGUUUCAGAUACAAAAGUAACUCAAAAAGUUACAGAUGUUGGAGGAAAUACCAUUUCCAACCUUGCCAUUAAACCAUUGUCAAAUGAUCAAAGUAAUACUCCAUCAGGCGAAACCACUGGUUCAGACGUCACAUCCUCAUCCUCAUCCGCAUCUACAUCAGCAACCAAAACUUCAUCAUCGUCAUCAUCAUCAAAAUCUACUAGCACUAGCUCAGCUUCUAGUUCUACCAGUACCAAAACGAGUGGAGCUAGAAAAAUCGAAGGAAGUUUGAUUGCUUUAGUAGCUAUGAUGGGAGUUGGAUUGGUUCUUAUUUAA